GGCGGCGCAAAAGGGAACCCAGACUUGGCCCGGGGCUGGGUGGGAAAGGCGAGCCUGGUUCUAAACAUCUGAACCGGAUCCCUAGGAGAACUGAUGUCGAGAUCCCCAGGAAACCCAUAAUCUUCUCCGGGCGAUCUCAGGUGCAGGGGAUUUUUGUUCAUUCAUAUCCAGAGGCACCCAUCCCUCCCAACUCAAGGCAUCUUUUCUUCCACAAGUUGUAACCCCCAAUGAAGCCACCUCGCCCCUUUCCCUCCGCCACCUAGAGUCAGGAUCAGGUAUGGACACCGACUUUCCAGUCUCCCUGUCUCCAGCCUUUCUCAAAGUAACCAGGGUACGUGGUCAAGCCUGCCCCAGGGUGUGUGCCCCCAACUUGCCCCGCAGCGUAACCCCCAGUACCUCGGGGCGCUGGGCCCGCGCCGCCCGCGCCGCCCUUCACGUGGUUCCUGCAGCUGGAACGGCUCCCGCCCCGCCCCCGCCCCGCGCUCUUCGCCCCGCCCCGGGCCAGCCGCGCUCCGCCCCGCUCGCCCCGCCGCUGCGUCGGGUGGUCCAGUCGCUGGGCAGCUCCCGUGGUUCCCGGGCCUCCUGCUGCAGCCCGUCCUGUCUCCAUGGCGACUCGGCGUCCCAGGCUCGCGGCUCGGAACCCAGCUCAAGUGCGGAGCGGGGCUGGCCUUCCUGGUCUGGCCUUCGCCGAAACUCCUUGGCUGGGCGGCCAGAGGGUUGGGCCUCUGGAACCCCACGGCUGUCGAAGCACCGGCAGAGAAGUCUUGUCCCUGAGUUUUGUAUUCCUGAAAUUCCCAGCAACUACCUAGACAAGACCGAAGUUGUAAAGGCACCCAAAAGCAGACAGAAUGGCAGGUUGCUACUGUGUGAUCCAAAGGAGAAACUGAUGAGCGGCUCCAAUAAAGAAAAGCCACAGAAAUCCUCCUUUGGACGGAGACCAAGAUUGUCCAGCAAGCUUUGUACUUCUCCAACACAGAUCUCGGGUGGAACUACUGUGUUCUCAGCAAGAAAAGAAACCUCUUCAAAGAAGAUUGAAGAUAAAGUCUCCUUGAAAAGCAGUGAAAACAGACCCUCUUCAAGGAGUAUUGAAACAUACCGGCAGUUCGACCUGUGGUCCUCUUCCUUCCUAAAAGAAAACUCAGGUGAAGUGAACAAGGAUUUGGUCCUUGCAAAGCAAGAGAAACCUAGUGAGUAUUGCCUUGAAGACAUUGAGGAGAACUUGUCAGACUCAACGGAUGGUGAUGGCGAAGAGGACAGCAACAACGAAGACGACGAAGGCCCCGCUAAGAAGGAGACUCGAGCCCCACUGGAGCUAAUGGCAGAAUUCCUGAGAGCAGAAAUGGGUCGAGACUACCAGCUGGCAAAAAAGUUAUGUCAGAUGAUCCUAAUCUAUGAACCAGAAAAUCCUGUGGCCAAAGAAUUUUUCUCACUUAUUGAAGAAAUAUUGCUGAAGGAGAAAGCUCAGGAGGAGGAGGAGGAAGAGGAAAGUGAUGAGGACUCCAGCAGCGAGAGCGAGGUGGACAGCAGUGAGGACGGCAGCGAGGACAGCUCGGACGAGUGUGAGGACGGGUCCUAGCGGGUGCUGCCAUCACAAGAGUUAUUUUCCAGAGUAUAUGCCAUGCAAAUCCAAAUAUAACGUAGAGAGCUGCCGCGUGGCGUAACUGUGGCUUCUUCGGUGCUGAGUUCAAGCGUUCCGCAUUCCUAGUUUGAGCUCCUUGCUCAUGUUCAAGCCUGACCAUGUAGGGAAGCAUGGAUGAGAUAGAAUGUGCCAGGAACACAGUUAGAACAGUAGAACAUAAAGUGCGCUCUACGUACUUCAUACAGCCUUACAACACUACGUAGUAAGUAUGCUCUAUCCCCAUUUUACAGGUGAGAAAAGCAAGGUGGUGAGGGUAAAUAGUUUUCUCCUAUUUGUAGUGUCUAGAUUUGCCUCUGUAACAUCAUGGCUCAACAUCUGUUCUUCCAGUCCCCUUUCAAUGACCACAUCAAGCCUUAAAACAAAAUGGAACUCACUGUUCAUGUAGCAUGUGUCAGUAUAUGUGGUGUUCAGUUUCUCCUCCCUGGCCGAGAACAUAACCUCUGUGUUCCUCAAGCAGGACUUUGGUGUUCUUCAUGAUUGUAUCCCUAGCAACCUGGAAGUAACUGGAAAAUAAAGAUUGGUGUGCGUGCA